AUGUCUUUAAACCGAAGCAAAGCCUUGAAAGGUGCAGCAUCAACAUGGCUUGCGCAAAAUUCCUAUGAACAUGCAACGUGGCCCGAACUGAAGAAUCUGUUCCUCGCUCGAUUUGGCAGUGCUGAAACACCAGCAGCUGCUGUUUUUAAAAUACUGAACAGCAGCCCAAAUGAUGGGGAGAAUAUUUCAUCGUACGCAUCCCGGAUUUUAAGUAUUCUUAUGAAUCGUUGGAAAAAUCUGACUACAGAACAAAUUGCGACUACUGUUGCACUAGCACAUGUUUCCCGAAUUGAUGCACAAAUCCAAAGGCUUACAUUUACCACCGAAAUAAGUUCACGAACAAAAUUGCAACAGGAAUUGAUGCCCUUUGUCUACAAGAAAAGACCCUUGCCAGUGUCUGAAAGAAAUUAUUCAUCGACUGAAGCCAAAAAGCCAAAAUUUUACCGUUCUUGCUACAACUGUGGGAAAACAGGACAUCUAGCGAAUGAAUGUCGACGCGUUGUUUUAAAAGAAAAUUCUUCUGUAACAAAUCAGGAUCCUAAUCAAGCAAAUGCCUCGAUGCAACGUAGAGAACCAUCACAGAGGACUAUCAUAUGUUACCGAUGUGGACAACCAGGACAUAUAGCACCCUCGUGUCCUACUAAAUCUGGGAAAACUUUUGAACACCCAGAUCCGACCGAACGACGGGUAGAUAUCUGCACCGUCAGUCCUGCUUCAGGAGACCUUUAUAAUCUGGAUAAGGAUAUAGCAAAAACGUACGAGAUGAGGCAGGGGGUUUUGCAUAGAAAGGUUGAAAGAAAUAAUCGCAGUUUCUGGCUACCAAUGGUACCUCGUGCUUUUCAAUUAUCUAAAUGUCAUUCUGGCAAAAUCCAAGCUGAAUUGCAUACCAUCCCAAAGGUUGCAUGUCCGUGGCAUACUAUACACAUAGACGCAACUGGAAAAUUGACGGGUAAAAAUGACUUGAAAGAGUCCUGGCAAGAUGCCCUUCCCGAAGUCCAAAUAGCUUUAAAUUGUUCUUUCUGUCGUGUGACCAAGUCUAGUCCAUUAGAACUGUUGAUAGGGAAAACGGCGCGUCCAUUAAAUUUAAUGAUUCCAAACGGUGAUAGAAAUGAUUCUGUAGAUUUACCUUUGGUAAGAGAGCAGGCGGCCCAAUCAAUACUGACUCACGCUAAUACUGAUAAAGUGAAGUUUAAUAAGACAAAAGCUAAAAUUAAACGGUUUAAAGUAGGUGAUUACGUCCUCUUAGAAAACCAUGAACGUAAUAAAACCAAAUUAGAUCCCAAAUUUAAAGGUCCUUACCUGAUAGCUCAACUUCUAUGUGGUGACAGGUAUCUCCUGAAAGCUUUAGAUUCUAAGCGAACAUAUAAAUAUGCCCAUGAUCGCUUACGAGCCUUGCCCGAGUGUUAUGUUCCACUCGAAUUAGAUCCUAAUCUUAUUGGAUGCGCCGCUGACGGCACAAGCACCAGAACAUGCCUGGUCCAUCAAGGUCAUUCGCAUCACCAAAUAACCAAGGAUGGCGUCCGAGCCAACCACAACAGAUGCAACCACCCCGUGGCCCCUCUCGAACUCAACAAAUUGCCUAAUAGUCCUCAGCAACCCCAACAACCAUUUAAACCACGUCCGAUGAGUGGUGUGAGUCACUUUAUACCUAGGAAUUUACCCCCUACAGGGCAUGAUUGGCGUAAAUUUGGCAAUCCACCUCCUAGUAAUUAUUUCAAAACCCAUCAUAUGAACGCAGAAGAACGUGCUAACCUGAUUAAUCUUUGUGCCAGCUACGCGGACGUGUUUUAUCUUGAGGGUGAACCCUUAACCUUCACCAACAAAAUAAAAACUACUGAUGAAAUCCCCGUUCAUACUAAAAGUUAUAGAUAUCCGCAUGUUCAUAGACAGGAAGUUAGAGAUCAAAUCAAAAAGAUGCUCGAGCAGAAUAUUAUCCGACCAUCAGAGUCUGCUUGGAGCUCUCCAAUAUGGAUAGUACCGAAAAAGGCUGAUGCUUCCAAUAAAAUCAAAUGGCGUCUCGUCGUUGAUUUUCGAAAAGCAAACGAGAAAACAGUCGAUGAUAAGUAUCCAAUCCCGAAUAUAACAGAUGUAUUAGAUAAACUUGGAAAAUGUCAACACUUCACAACCCUGGAUUUAGCUAGUGGUUUCUAUCAAGUAGAGAUGGACCCCGCGGAUGUUGAGAAAACCGCAUUCAAUGUUGAGAAUGGUCAUUACGAAUUUUUGAGAAUGCCAAUGGGUUUAAAAAACUCUCCAUCCACAUUCCAACGUGUGAUGGACAAUGUCCUUAAAGAUCUUCAAAAUCAGGUUUUCCUCGUUUACCUAGAUGACAUAAUAGUCUUUAGUACAUCAUUGCAAGAGCACGUAAUUAACCUUGAGAAGGUAUUUAAAAAAUUGAGAGAGUCUAAUUUCAAAAUCCAGAUGGAUAAAUCUGAGUUUUUGAAAUUGGAAACUGAAUUUUUAGGUCAUAUAAUAAUAGGUAGAGAUGGUGUAAAACCAAAUCCUAACAAAAUCCAGGCUAUUCAAAAUUAUCCCCUUCCUAAAACUACAAUCGAAAUCAAACGUUUUCUCGGAUUACUAGGCUAUUACAGAAAAUUCAUACCUAACUUUGCACGUGUGACUAAACCUCUAACUAAUUGUCUUAAAAAGGGAAACAAAAUAACAUUAGAUCAAAAUUACAAAAAUUGUUUCGAGCACUGUAAAACUCUUCUAACAAAUGAUCCGAUCCUUCAAUAUCCUGAUUUUAGUAAAGACUUUAUACUGACAACAGAUGCGUCUAACGUAGCCAUAGGUGCCGUUCUAUCUCAGGGUAAUAUAGGAACAGAUAAACCCAUAGCAUAUGCAUCCCGUACACUUAAUGACAGUGAGACUAACUAUAGUACUAUUGAAAAGGAGCUUUUAGCUAUAGUUUGGGCUACAAAGUAUUUUAGACCAUAUUUAUUUGGGCGGAAGUUUAAAAUCAUUACUGAUCAUAGGCCUUUACAGUGGGUUAUGAACUUGAAAGAACCCAAUUCUCGAUUAACCAGAUGGCGUCUCAAACUUAGCGAAUACGAUUUUUCAGUUACAUACAAACAAGGAAAAUAUAAUACCAAUGCAGAUGCCCUCUCCCGUAUUGAACUUAAUAAUGAGGAACUUUCAUCUAUCAUUGUAAAUCCAUCUACUUCAGAUGACUCUAGAACUUUAACAGCCCCAGAUGUUGAUGAAAAUUCAUCAACUGCUACGGCUCAUACUAGUGCUGAAAAUCCCAUACUCGAAAUACCUAUAUCCGAUUACCCAUUAAAUAAGUUCACAAAACAAAUAGUUUUCAAUAUAGUUGGAGAUAUCAAGGGUAGACCAAGUGUAACAAAACCUUUCGAUGCUUUUACUAGAAUUAACUUACAGGUUUCACAAUCAAAUUUAGAAGAAGAUGUUGUAAAUGCAAUAAAAGAGCAUGUCCUUCCAAAAAUUAACACUGGCUUACGCAUAAAUCCAGCUUUGGCUAUGUACCAAAUAAUACCUAUUAUUCAAAAUAACUUCAAAAAUUCUGCUAUGCGAUUAUUUGUAGCAAAAAGGGAAGUAGAAAAUGAACUCCUGGUACUUCAUCUCUUCCUCAUACCAUCCCUAACGCAAGAGAUAAAACUUGAGAGUUUGGGAAUGGACCCGGAAUUUUACCAUUCAAACUAG